UUUUUUCUUUCUGUCUUUUUUCUUUUUAGAUUUUCCUCAAAGUUGAGACUCCACUUUUUCUGGUUUCCACUUUUCUUUUUCAUUUAACUGGACCACCUCUUUACUUAUUUCUUCACAAGUUUUGGACUUUAACCUCUCCUGGUCUCUCCUCUAGCUCUCACUCUUCUGUGAGACCUUUUUGUCCCUACUUCUCUUUUUUGUUCCUCUUUUCCUUCCUACCCUCACUGUCUUUGCUCCUGCUGGUCUCUUGUCUCUGGCUAUGCACCAUGCUGUCCUCUCCUACUGUCAUUCUGCAGCCCUACGGACUGCCUGUGUACCCGCAAACUGCCUCCUGCUACCCCAGCUUAGUACAGGGUGCCCCUGCCCAGGAGGCAGGGCCAGGCAGUGCUGACCCCACCCUUCCUCAGGUAUAUGCCCCACCCCCUUCAUAUCCACCACCAGGACAAGCCCCGCCCACACCAGCUGGCAGACUCCCACCCCUUGAUUUCAACUCUGCCCACCCCAGCUCAGAGUACCCGGACCACCACCAGUUGAGAGUCUACCAGAGCACUCAGCAUGAGGGGGCGGAACCUAUAACUGCCAAUAACACGGACGAUGCCCUGGCUCCUGUGACCUCUGAACCCCAGCCUCUGAGUGCCUCUGUGGCAAGUGGUGGCGGCGGAGCAGGUAGCGGGGGUGAGGAGGAGGGGUCGGGUAAAGCACAGCCCAAAAGACUCCAUGUGUCCAACAUACCGUUCAGAUUCCGAGACCCGGACCUGAGACAGAUGUUUGGGCAAUUCGGCAAGAUUCUGGAUGUGGAGAUCAUCUUCAACGAGAGAGGGUCAAAGGGUUUUGGCUUUGUGACGUUUGAGAACGCAGUGGAAGCAGAUCGGGCCCGAGAGAAACUCAACGGCACCAUCGUGGAGGGCAGGAAGAUUGAGGUUAACAAUGCCACAGCCAGAGUGGUGACCAAGAAGCCUCAGACUCCUCUCGUUAAUGCUGCAGGAUGGAAGAUUAAUCCAGUAAUGGGAGCCAUGUAUGCCCCUGAACUUUAUACCGUUGCCAGCUUCCCAUAUCCUGUUCCCACCCCAGCUUUGGCUUACAGAGGCUCCACUCUUCGGGGGCGUGGCCGUGCGGUCUACAACACAAUACGCUCAGCCGCUACAGCAGCCACACCCGCCGCUGUUCCAGCCUAUCCAGGGGUGGUUUAUCAAGAUGGACUCUAUGGAACUGAAGUCUAUGGAGGAUAUCCUGCCACAUACCGGGUCGCUCAGUCACCCUCAGCCGCAGCCACAGCUGCUUACAGUGAUGGGUAUGGGAGAGUGUAUGCCACUGCGACUGACCCUUACCAUCACUCUGUCGGGCCGACCACCACCUACGGAGUUGGUACAAUGGCGAGUUUAUAUCGAGGAGGGUACAAUCGUUUUACCCCUUACUGAACCAAACACCUCUGCAACAUCUCUGUCACCCAGCGGGACUCAAAGGUCACUCCCAUCGCAGCGCAAGACGGCCGCUGACCUCAUGUGACUCUGAAUGUUAUUGUUUCUGCGCUGUCUGAGCUGACCUGAGUGGUCUUAUGUGCCUGAACUGAACCUAUUUAUUUUCAAAAAUAGUCUGGAGUGCUCAAAGUAUUUAUUGAAGCGUAAAAAUUGCCCCAACACUGAACCCCAGAGUCUGAGAAGAUCCACUGGAAUGUUAGUGCAUUUUCUAAUGUGGUGCUCAUGAUACUGGCACUAAUUACAGGUUAAAACAUCUAGGGAACAUCUUUUAAAAACCCAUUACUGCUUAUAUUAACAAGCAGCACUCUGUGUGUGAUUCAGAAUUACUCAUAUGAUGACUUAAAGGGCUAUUUCAGCCAAAAUGCUGAAAAGAAGGAAGGCCAUGGCCAUGCCCAUCUCUGGUUUUCUGCCUCACUCAUUUUGGCUGAACUUACCCUUUAAUAAUAUGCUCCCUGAGAAGUAAAAGCACUGUUGGCCUUUGCAGUGGAUGUUCUUCAGAUGCACUGGCACUGCCCAGCUUUGUCCAGUCUGGGAUUUUUGUUACACUGUAGUAUACAGUAAUAUACAAGUUACACUGUAGUAUAUGGUCACUCUUACUGAUUUUGAGUGUGUGUGGGUGUGUGUGUGUGUGGUUGUGUGUGUGUGAUUUUAUAAUGGUCAAAUGUGAAACUGUGAGGUACAGUGAUGGCACCAGUGCAGGUGACAAGUUUUAUUGUAUAUUUAUCAUCAUCACAUGUUCUUUAUGAUCUACCUCUCUGCUGAAAAUUUUUCUUUUUCCUUCUGUUUGCUCUUAUGCUUCACCUUUAACAAGAGAUCAGUGCUUGAUUUGUUACAGUCCAGCACUACUGCUGUCUGUACAUCAGUAUGAUUCUCUGUCAUCAUCUCAUUUUCCAAAACAAUCCGUAAGGUGCUUCUGUUAGUUUCCUCCUCGCUUAAAGGAAUAGUUCACUGAAAGAAACAAAUUUACACAAUGGAUGCUAACUGUUGAUCAGCCAAGACAUGUUUGGUGUCCAAAGUUUGCUUUGAGGCCAAUGUAGUCAUGUACUGGGAGCUUAUACUGCACCAGUUAGUGACUAAAUCAUCACAAAUUGCCUCAAACCAAAGUUUUUAGUUUUUUCAUUGUGUUUUAUGGGGGCUCCUCUACCUUUUGCAACUUGCGGCCCACUUAACCGACCGAAAAAGACCAAAAAAGAUUCCCGCAAUAAAGAUGUAGCCGGCCUGGGCCCAGUUUCCCAAAAGCAUCCUUGUGUUAAGGAGAUCUUAACUGGUAGAGAGAGUGUUCAGUUUGAUGCUCACUCUACCAUUUAAGAAUUGUCUUCAUGUGAUAAGAUGCUUUCAGAAAACAUGGCCCAGAUUGUUUUCAAUGCAAGCACAAUAAUCGAUUUCAUGCGACAUAAUCAACACCAAAAAAUAUAUGCAAAUUUUUUUAGCCAUUUAGUCCUCUUCUCUUCUGUCAGUUUAUCUUUUGCCCUUAUCUUGUGCCCACGCCUAAACCACCACUGCACACUGUCCAGGAAACAUGAAUUACUCUGCGCAGUGCAGCUUGUGUCACACUCCACUGACUUCUCACUUGUGCUCUGUAAUGCAGUCUGGAAUGCAGAUAAUAUUCAUCUAAUGAGGGGUUUAAGGUUAGAACACUGAUGUUAUCAUCACAUUAUGUGUUUUAAGUUUUAUGAGAUUACUGAUGCAGUUCACAUCUGCCGCUCUGACGACACUUUUCGUCCACAAACUUGAGCACCUAACAUUCAUUUCUCUUUCUUCUGUAUCUGCUCUGAAUUUUCUCUCUCACUUCUGCUGUAAAUAAACCAUCUCUCUUAUGCUUCUUCUG